CUAAUACGGGCGAUGAGGCUUCGAGGCUCCAGCCUGACUGACGCCGGUCGGGGCUGCUGGGGCUGCUGCUGCUGCUGCUGUUGCUGUUGCUGCCGCUGCCACCGAUGCCUCUGCAGCCGCUGCCCUGCCGCUGUCUGUGUCUCUGCCGCCGCCAGGCAGCCGGUGCUUACGCCUAGGGGCAGGCGGUGAAAAGCGCUUUAGAGAGGGGGCACGCACAGGGCACCCACCAGAAAGGAAGGGGCAGCAAGAAGAGGGUGGGGGUGGGGGAGUGGCAUCACCAGGGACAGGACUGACCAGCACUUUCAGAUCGUUGGAGAAAGACAGCGUCCUUCCCAACUGGAAUCUGUCACAGCUGCUCCCAGAAACAAGGAAGCAGCUGUAUAUGUGAACAACCCUUGAGAUUACUAGAAUGACACUUUCUUUGACCGUUAGUCAGAGAAGGGAAAUCUUUUGUUUCUGCCUGAACCUCCUAUCCUCUGUCUGCCUCUUAUGCACUCCAGCACCCCUAUCAGCUCUCUAUUCUCCUUCACUAGCCCAGCAGUAAAAAGACUGCUUGGCUGGAAACAGGGAGAUGAAGAGGAAAAGUGGGCGGAGAAGGCCGUUGACUCUCUGGUGAAGAAACUGAAGAAGAAGAAAGGAGCGAUGGAAGAGCUGGAGAGGGCUUUGAGCUGCCCAGGCCAGCCCAGUAAAUGUGUCACCAUACCCCGAUCCCUGGACGGAAGGCUACAAGUAUCACACCGCAAGGGUCUGCCUCAUGUGAUUUACUGCAGGGUGUGGCGCUGGCCAGAUCUACAGUCUCACCAUGAAUUAAAACCACUCGAGUGUUGUGAAUUCCCAUUUGGCUCAAAGCAGAAAGAAGUGUGCAUUAACCCAUAUCACUACCGCCGAGUGGAAACCCCAGUGCUUCCUCCUGUGCUCGUACCAAGACACAGCGAAUUUAACCCCCAGCUCAGCCUUCUGGCCAAGUUUCGGAAUGCUUCCCUCCACAGUGAGCCCCUGAUGCCUCACAACGCUACCUAUCCUGAGUCUUUUCAGCAGCCCACAGGCUCUACCUAUUCAUCGUCACCCAGCCACAUGUUCUUGCCUUCUCCCAGCACUGUAAGCUACCCUCAUUCCCCAGGAAGUUCAUCGGGGCCAGGGAGUCCAUAUCAACUCACAGUUGAUACACCACCCCCACCUUAUCAUGCCACAGAAACACCAGGGAGCCACAAUGGACGACCUCUAGAUGCCACAGCUGACAGCCAUUUAGUGCUAUCAUUGCCUAAUGGAGACUUUCGACCUGUUUGUUAUGAAGAGCCUCAGCACUGGUGUUCUGUUGCCUACUAUGAACUCAACAACCGAGUCGGGGAGACUUUUCAGGCUUCUUCUAGAAGUGUACUCAUAGAUGGAUUUACAGAUCCUUCAAAUAACAGGAACAGGUUCUGCCUUGGACUUCUUUCUAAUGUAAACAGAAACUCAACAAUAGAAAAUACUCGGAGACAUAUAGGAAAGGGUGUUCACCUAUAUUAUGUUGGAGGAGAAGUUUAUGCUGAAUGUGUAAGUGAUAGCAGCAUUUUUGUACAGAGCCGUAACUGCAACUAUCAGCAUGGCUUUCACCCAGCCACUGUCUGCAAGAUCCCCAGUGGCUGCAGCCUCAAGAUUUUCAACAAUCAGCUCUUCGCCCAGCUGCUCGCACAGUCAGUUAACCAUGGCUUUGAGGUAGUCUAUGAGCUGACCAAGAUGUGCACUAUUCGAAUGAGUUUUGUUAAGGGCUGGGGAGCUGAAUAUCACCGUCAGGAUGUCACCAGCACCCCCUGCUGGAUUGAGAUUCAUCUUCAUGGACCAUUGCAGUGGCUGGACAAAGUUCUGACACAGAUGGGUUCACCACAUAACCCAAUUUCUUCAGUAUCUUAACAGUGAUCUCUAAAACUACCCUUCUAAUAGAAUAGAUGCUAUUGCAGGCAGUGACAUAUCAUUUCAUAUUUGCAAUUAACUGAAGUUUCUAAAUAUAUAUGUAAAUACAAAUUAUAUACUAGCCAUAUUUUUUUUUUCACAAUCUGUUUUGUGCUUUCAAGUUAGAAGGAUGCCAGUACAAUGAAAUUAGAAAGUCAGAUUUAUUGUGUCUGUGCUAUGUUAAGAAGCAGCUUUUGUCAGAGGAGAAAUGAGGGACAUUGUGUCAAUAGCUUUUGUAGGAUAUUGCUAGAAUGAGAAAAGCAGCUGCUGUCUGUCAUAUUACUGCAAGACAUGGGGAGUAUUCUGGGUCAGUGGAAUAUUUUUAACUGUUUAUACAGAAAAUAUAUGGUACUAGCAGCACCCAGGCAAAUAACAUUUUCAAACAAAACAAAAUACCCAAGUUCACAUAUUUUAAAAUGAUUCCACUAUUAGUGCUAUUGGCAAGAACAAAUCAAACAUAUAAAAUGAAUUUUACAAGAUAAAGUCAUGUAGACAUCUUUUGUUUCUGAAAUAGGACUAUUCAUAACUAGACUAUUCAGCUGAUAUUAAUGGUACAUUUUAAAAAGAAUUUAAGUUAUGAUGGGAAAAGAGACAGGAACUGUGAAGUUUAGAGUUAUGUUUUAAUGUAGUCCAUCAUGGUAGAGUUUCUUCUCUAAGAAGCAAUUUCUAAUGGAGGAAAUGGACAGAAAAAUAAGUUGCUAAGAACAUGACAUGGCUUGGGUGAUAGUAAUAAUAAUUCAUUUAUAUAGCACUUUAACAUUUACAAGGUACUUUUUUCACAAUAACACUGUGUGGUAGUUAGCAAAAGUGUGCCUGUUUUACAGAUAAGGAACAAAGGCUCAGACAUAAGUGAUUUGCUGGGGGCCAGGAACAUGUUAAUAAAUCAGAUGGGAUUUUGGCUCUAGAAGCCAUUUUUCACCUGGGAAAUCCCUCCUUCAUGUGUUUGUAGGUAUUUGGACCAGGUCCUCUUAAUUUAUCUUGCCAUUGGGAGUGAAUAACAGUUGUCAUGGGAGGAGACAGAGCAAUAGCUAGGUCCCAAAAGAAGGUCUGUACUUCCAUUGCCAUGGUACAGCUUCCAGGAGGCCAGUCCUUUUGACCUGAUCUAAUCGUGAAGCAGGGUGGCCUUCCAGACUGACUCAUCUGCUCACCUGACUCACCUGCUCACCUGACUGCUGCGGCCUCCAUCUCUUGCCAUGAUGCCUAAAAACUUCACAAAUAAAAUGUUAAUUGCUUCCGAGUUCCCUUGAAUUCUUAUAGGAGGGAGUGCUGAACAAUGGAAGAUCUUUUAAAAACUGUAUACUGCAGAAUGCUCUCACUUUCUAAGUAUGAAAAAUAAGAAAUAUUUAUGGAAAAAAAAACACCCGCUAAGCACUGCAUCAUCUUGGAAAUAUUUUUCACAAAUGCUUGAAAAUUAUAUUUCAGAACUAAAAGAAACCUUAGAAAUCUUGUAGUUUAAUUUCUUCAUUCUAUAGAUAUGGUAAAGCCAGAAAAGUGAAGUUGCCCAAGGCCACAUAGCCAGCAAGCAAGAGAACCAGGAUUUGAACUCAGAUCUUCUGACGUUGAGUUUAAUAAUCUUCUCAGCACAUCAUGCUGCCUCCAUUGGUCAUACAUUUUAAGCGGAGACCACCAAGUCCAGCCGUAGCAUUCAGCUGGUUCCCCAUUUAUAUUAUUGUGCCUGUGGAGCCACCUCCCCUGCCCCCCCCUUCCAAAUGCUCCUUUGUCUAAUAAUAACACUGAUAACAGAUAACAUCCUGUGUUGCUUCAGAUUGACAAAGUAGUGUACGUACCAUCAUCUGAUCCUUCCGUUGGCCCUGUGAGCUACUUAGGAAGGGUAGACUUAUUGUUUUCAUUUUACUGGCGAAGAAACUGAGGCUUGGGGAGAUUAAGCAGCUAGUUCAAGUCCACAACACUAGUAUGUGGCAGAAUCGGGAUGUGACCCCAAGUGUUUCCUCACCCCAGGACUCUUUCAGCUUCACAUUGUUGAGCAUCAUAUUUUCAAGGAACUAAUUACUGAUGUUAGGCAGGCAGGCUGUGCCUCUAAGGUUGGAUUGAUAGUUAUGGUGAAGGAAGAUACUUUUGUCAGCAGGCUGUUUUUUCUGAACUGUUUCCAAUAAUAAUGCAUAGGCGAGUUAAGUGCUAUUAAAUCAAGGGUCCUUAACCCUUUUUGUGUGUCAUGGACCCCAAUGGCAGCCUCGUAAAGCCUAAGGACCCUUUCUGAGAAUCAUGUUUUAACAUGCAUAAAAUAAAAUAUAUAGGGUACAAAGGAAACCAAUUAUGUUGAAAAACAUAAAUGUAUUUUUUAAAGUUU